ACCAGUGGCUUGCUUGCGUAUGUUGAUGAAUGGGUGACAAAUGGCUCGUAGUCUCCCCAUAGUCAUUGACAUAUCAAAGAAUUAAGCAAUUGUAUUUUUUUUUUUAUUAAUUUUGUCUUAUUACCAAAAGUUGGGAUAAGUUUUGAAACUUCUGCAAAAUGCUUGAUGGGGGUUGGUAAAUUAAGACCACAUUGAUUUACAGAGGGUCAGUCUUUAACAUCAGCUUAAGCUGGAAGCAAGUAUUUUGUAGGAAAACAAAAAAGAUUACAAAAAAGAGCGCCAUGACGAAAAUGUUGGUUGCCGCUUUAUUGCUUUUGUUGGGAGCAUUUUUACCCCUCCAUCAAGCAUUGCUUCAUGACAUACACGAUGUAAUCGAUUUCGAUUCGGUUAAUUUACGAGAUUUCCAAUUCUUUAAGAAUCUACCCUCACAAGAUCCCAAAAGAGCUGCACAGGCGAAUUUAUUUUUGGAACAUUUUCAAAAGAAAAAAGCCGUCUUGGACUAUGUGGAACAUUUAUUUUUGGGCAACUCUCCUUUCACAAAGGAAAGUGAAAUACCUUUUGAUCCCCAUUUCGGUCGUGCCUGGCGUCCAUAUUAUGUGCGUAAAUAUGGUUGGCGUGGUGAACGUUUAAUUGAUGCCCUGGGUCGUGGCUAUUCUUUGAAUCAUCUACGACAAUAUGGGGCCAUACCCAAAGAAUAUGGAACCAGAUACUAUCCGAAUUGAAAUGAGAAAAUAUGAAAAUGGAGUGAUAUUUUAUUUAUU